UUUAAUUAUAAUAAAAAUACCCGAGACUUGACCAGAUAACUCUGGAAUAGAACUUGUUGUGAGUGAUGACCCUCCACUCCUCCCAAGGCAAGAAUACAAUGGCAUAGAUACUGUUUGAACCGUAAAUGCAAGUAACAACAACAAAAAGGUGUGGGGAACGAAGGAAUGCUAAAUUUAGUGCAACUAUGUUGGAUUCGUUCAAUAGCGAUCUCGGCUCGUCAACAUCGGUUUCCAACUACCUCCCAUUGUGAAACAAUAGAAGUAAAAUGGAGUCCCAAAAUUAGGAUUCAAGAUCAGAGCAAGCAGCAGCAAAAGAAGAGUCCUCGUCCUCGUCCUCAUAACAAACAGAACAAUAAAAAGCAGCGCCAUGUUUCCUAGCCUGGUUUGGUCCGUCCAAUCCAGGUAGGUCAUUUAGAUGGUUGAGUCUGCACAAACAAUUACCCCCUUCCCCUCAGGCGACGCAAAACAUAAACAAGGCCGUUUUGUGGCUGAUUGGGCGUACGGGAAAAAUCCUGCGUCCCUCCCCUUUUUUCCUGUACGCCUCCCAACAUCUCUGGAAUCAUCAUGGCCCACAACAUACGUCUCCUCGUCUUGCUCUCUGUCCUGUGUCUCUCCCCCGUCUUCCAUGCCGUUCUUGUGAGGAGCCAAAGCCCAUCGCCGUUGAUCCUGGGAUGUGGGCUGGCCGAUGGUGGAGCCAAAGACCCAGAUGGAAGGCAGUGGAGCCCCGAUAACAAGUACCUAUCCGGAGGUGAUUCCAGCACGUUCAGAGCCUCCUACCAAGAUCCUUCGCUUUCGUCCGAGGUUCCCUACAUGUCGGCUCGGGUUUUCACGUCCGAGGCCACCUACAAAUUUCCCAUUAGUCCCGACAAACGUUAUUGGCUCAGGCUACACUUUUAUCCCUCCGUCUAUUCCAAUUUCGAUCCUGCCAAUUCAUAUUUCUCGGUCACUGCAAAUGGGAUCACCCUCCUGAGCAAUUUCAGCGCCUCUAUUACAUGCGAAGCCCUCUCGCAAGCUUACAUUGACAGAGAAUAUUCCCUCGCCCCUCUGAACUCAGAUUCCCUUACCCUCACCUUCAAGCCUUCUGACAAGUACCCGGGCUCCUUCGCUUUUGUGAAUGGCAUUCAACUCCUGGAAAUGCCCAACUUGUUUGAUUCGGCCACAGUGGUGGGUGUUGGCCAAAUCAUGGAUGCCAAAAGCUUGCAUUCGCAGACAAUGUUUAGACUGAACGUUGGAGGACAAUACAUAUCCCCAACCCAAGACUCGAAUCUCAGCAGAACGUGGUACGACGACACGCCGUAUCUUUACGGUGCAUCCACGGGUUCGACCUCCGAAGCGGACAAGAGCGUCCAAAUCAACUACCAAACCAUGCCACACUACAUUGCUCCUCCUACCGUCUACUCCACGUCGAGAUAUAUGGGAAACGACAAGGACGUGACGUUGCAAUUUAACCUCACGUGGAUUUUCCAAGUGGAUCCUAAUUCCAUGUAUCUCGUGAGGUUACACUUCUGCGAUUUCACAUAUGACAGAACCAACGAAAUAACCUUCAAUAUAUAUGUGAAUAAUCAAACGGCGCAGUCCGAGGCGGACGUGAUUGCAUGGACAAAUGGGAGAGGUGUGCCAACUUACAAGGACUACGUUGUAUAUGCACUGGAUGGGCCCGGCGCCGACCAACUCUGGCUUGCUCUCCACCCUGCAACUGAGUCGAAGCCUGAAUUCUAUGAUGCGAUUCUAAACGGGGUUGAGAUAUUCAAACUCAACGACACAACCUUGGCCGGACCCAAUCCUCAGCCCUCUGACAUGCUAUUGAAGGCACAGGGGCACCAGCAAAAAUCUUUCCAAAACAAGGAUGAACGUACUCAUCCCGCUAUAAUUGGUGGAGCUGCCGGAGGGGCUGCUUUACUAGCCGCAUUAUGCAUUGCAGUUUACCAGAGGCAAAAGAGGGUCCCAGGGUCAGAGUCACACACAUCAAGCUGGCUUCCACUCUAUGGGCAUACCCAAAAUGCCAGCAAAUCCACGAUUUCUGGGAAGAGCACUGGUGGUGUCACCUUAUCGGCCACGGCUCAAGGUCUUUGCAGGUACUUCUCAUUGCCAGAGAUAAAGCAUGCGACCAAGAAUUUCGAUGAGUCCAAUGUUAUUGGGGUUGGAGGAUUCGGUAAGGUUUACAAAGGUGUGAUUGAUAAUGGGUUUAAAGUGGCAAUCAAGAGGUCCAACCCGCAGUCGGAACAAGGCGUCAAUGAAUUCCAGACUGAGAUUGAGAUGCUUUCCAAGCUUAGGCACAAGCAUUUGGUCUCACUGAUCGGGUUUUGUGAGGAAGACGAUGAAAUGUGCCUGGUCUAUGACUACAUGGCUCGUGGCACUUUAAGGGAACAUAUUUACAAGGGAAACAAACCUGUCAAUGGUCUUUCAUGGAAGCAAAGGUUGGAGAUUUGCAUUGGAGCUGCUAGAGGACUUCACUACCUUCACACCGGGGCUAGGUACACCAUCAUUCAUAGGGAUGUUAAAACAACUAACAUUCUUCUAGAUGAAAACUGGGUUGCCAAGGUUUCAGACUUUGGCCUCUCCAAAACUGGUCCAAACAUGAAUAACGGCCACGUCAGCACAGUGGUAAAGGGUAGCUUUGGAUACUUGGAUCCUGAAUAUUUCAGGAGACAACAAUUGACUGAGAAAUCUGAUGUGUACUCAUUUGGGGUUGUCCUGUUUGAGGUACUCUGUGCAAGGCCUGCUCUGAAUCCUAGCCUUUCCAAGGAACAGGUGAGCCUGGCGGAUUGGGCUCUGCUCAACAAAAGAAAAGGGACCCUAGAGGAUAUAAUAGACCCGAAUCUCAAAGGAAAGAUCCGUCCAGAAAGCUUAAAAAAGUUUGCAGAUACUGCUGAAAAGUGCUUGUCAGAUCAUGGAAUUCAUCGUCCCACAAUGAAUGAUCUGUUGUGGAAUCUUGAACUUGCCCUGCAGCUGCAGGAAAAUCCCGAUGCUUCAAUGAAGUCGUCUUCGCGUACGGAUGAAGGUGAGUUCGAAGAGAUAAGCUUGAAAGGCAACGACGUAGCAACACAUUAUAAGAAUCUGAGCCUUGGGGGCGAGCAGGAGACGAGCAAGGAGUCGAGUGAGAAUUCUAAUGCCAUCUUCUCACAAAUUGUCAAUCCCAAGGGACGAUGA